GAAAAUAGAAAGACAGAAAAGAGCAACAACAAAGAGAACUUUCAACAAAAAGAUUUAACAACUUAGAGAGAGGGUUGCGAAUCUUGCGAUGGCGUUAUACAUAGACGAAGAAGAGGUGUGGAAAUGUCCAAAACACCCUUCCAAGCGCCGGAGGAGCGGUAUUUGCCCAAUUUGCCUCCGGGAACGGUUGGGUAGUCUCUGUCCCGACUGUGCUAACGUGCGCCCCUGUGCAUGCUGCCCCACAUCGUCUUCGUCUUCUUCUUCUUCCUCUUCCUUCUCUCUCUUCUCAUCUAGAGGCGGCUCCUCCAAUUCCGGAGUUGGCGACGUCGGGAAAGUAUCAAAGCUUAUCGACAGCGAACCGUCUUUUCGGAGAUCAAGAUCUUUGGCGAUUCCGUUCCUCCGAUCAAGAUCACGUUUCGCCGGAGAUUUUGUAUCUGGCGAGGGGAAAAAUUCGCCUCCGGGGAGUAGGAACAGAGCGUCGUCGUUUUGGAGUGUGUUCAAAGCGAAUAAGAGCAAGAGAAGCGAAGAAGAAGAAGAUAAAGAAAAUUCAGAAAUGAAAAGUAGCGAGGUCGUAAUUGACAACGAGUAUGAGCGGGCGAGGAUGAUGAUGAGAUCGAGAUCGGUGGCAGUCCCUGUGACGUCAGGUUUUGGUUCCGGCGACUUCAGAUCUUCGUCGCGGACUACAGGAAAGGGAUGGCAUUUUCCGAGUCCGAUGAAGGUUUUCCGUCAUUCCAAGGUGUCGAAGGUCGUUCAAGAACGGUCGCCUUUGUACAGAGGUUGAAUUUUGUUUAUUAAUUUCGUAUCAAUCAAUAAAAUAGAACUCUUUCUAUUAAUAUAAUCUGAUUGUAAUUAUUAACUAAUAAGGUUAUAGCAAAGUAUAUAAUAUUAACAUUAAU